CUGCUUGCCCUGGGUCUGGCUCGGGAUCAGUUCGUGACGCUGAGUCUGGGGUAUGUGACUUCCUGCAGACGAAACUGGGGCUCUCAAGAAGGCGAUCGGAUCCAAAGGAAGGGUAGAAGUCACACUUCCCCACCCCGCCACCCCCCGCUUGGUGGCUCCGUAGCGGGGUCUCGACCCAGCAGUGCUCUUUUCUGUGAGUGAAUGCAGAGCAGCUUGGGCUAAGCCUGGUGCUGUCUUCAGGAAGGGUCCAGAUUUUGAGAAGGGAUUUCAGAAGAUGCUUUGGCUGCCUGCAAUCCUGCUUGCGUUCUUAGAAGCCAGACUCAGGGAGAAAGUGAACUGGGGCAAUUGACAAGCUCAGAGGGUCUGGCGGAAGCUUCCUCCGAUACUGGGCAUUUCAUCUUCCCUGGAGGAAGAUCUGCCUGCACUGCAAGUGCCCUCAGGAGGAGCACAUGGUGACGGUGAUGCCCCUGGAGAUGGAGAAGACCGUCAGCAAACUCAUGUUUGAAUUCCAGAGGAACUCGACCUCGGACGACGACUCGGGCUGCGCCUUGGAGGAGUACGCCUGGGUCCCGCCGGGGCUGAAGCCUGAACAGGUUCACCAGUACUAUAGCUGUCUCCCAGAAGAGAAAGUUCCUUAUGUCAACAGUCCUGGAGAGAAACUGCGAAUCAAGCAGCUAUUACACCAGCUGCCACCACAUGACAAUGAGGUUCGAUAUUGCAACUCCCUGGAUGAGGAAGAGAAGAGGGAGCUGAAGCUCUUCAGCAACCAGAGGAAACGUGAAAACUUGGGCCGAGGGAAUGUCAGGCCCUUCCCGGUCACCAUGACGGGAGCUAUUUGUGAGCAGUGCGGAGGCCAGAUUAAUGGCGGGGACAUCGCUGUGUUUGCAUCUCGAGCCGGCCACGGCGUUUGCUGGCACCCACCGUGCUUUAUAUGCACUGUCUGCAACGAGCUCCUGGUGGAUUUGAUCUACUUUUACCAAGAUGGGAAGAUAUACUGUGGCAGGCACCACGCGGAGUGCCUGAAGCCGCGCUGCGCAGCCUGCGACGAGAUCAUCUUUGCAGACGAAUGCACAGAAGCUGAGGGGCGGCACUGGCACAUGAAACACUUCUGCUGCUUCGAGUGCGAGACAGUGCUGGGCGGCCAGCGCUACAUCAUGAAGGAGGGAAGGCCCUACUGUUGCCACUGCUUCGAGUCCUUGUAUGCAGAAUAUUGCGACACCUGUGCCCAGCACAUAGGGAUUGACCAAGGUCAGAUGACCUAUGACGGCCAACACUGGCAUGCCACUGAGACCUGUUUCUGCUGUGCUCACUGCAAGAAGUCCCUCCUGGGGCGGCCAUUCCUCCCCAAACAGGGCCAGAUAUUCUGUUCACGGGCCUGCAGUGCCGGGGAGGACCCUAAUGGCUCUGACUCAUCCGAUUCAGCCUUUCAGAACGCCAGGGCCAAGGAGUCCCGGCGUAGUGCCAAAAUUGGCAAGAACAAGGGCAAGACGGAGGAGCCCGUGCUGAACCAGCACAGCCAGCUGCAGGUGAGUUCCAACCGGCUCUCAGCCGACGUGGACCCCCUGUCGCUGCAGAUGGACCUGCUCAGCCUGUCCAGCCAGACGCCCAGCCUCAACCGGGACCCCAUUUGGAGGAGCCGGGAUGAGCCCUACCAUUACGGGAAUAAGAUGGAGCAGAACCAGUCCCAGAGUCCUUUGCAGCUCCUCAGCCAGUGCAACAUCAGAACUUCCUACAGUCCAGGUGGGCAAGGGGCUGGAGCCCAGCCUGACAUGUGGGCCAAGCACUUCAGCAACCCCAAAAGGAGCUCGUCACUGGCCAUGAAGGGGCACGGCGGCAGCUUCAUCAAGGAGUGCCGAGAGGACUAUUACCCGGGAAGGCUGAGAUCCCAGGAGAGCUACAGCGACAUGUCCAGUCAGAGCUUUAGUGAAACCCGAGGCAGCAUCCCAGUGCCCAAAUAUGAGGAGGAAGAGGAGGAGGAGGAAGGGGCCAUAUCCACUCAGCAGUGUCGGACCCGUCAUCCAAUCAGUUCCCUGAAAUACACUGAGGACAUGACACCCACGGAGCAGACCCCUCGGGGCUCCAUGGAAUCACUGGCCCUGUCUAAUGCAACAGGCCUCUCUGCCGAUUGUGGCGCCAAGCGCCAGGAGCAUCUCUCCCGGUUUUCCAUGCCUGACCUCAGCAAAGACUCUGGAAUGAAUGUCUCUGAGAAGCUGAGCAACAUGGGCACGCUUAACUCGUCCAUGCAGUUCCGGAGCGCAGAGUCAGUUCGCAGCCUGCUCUCUGCCCAGCAGUACCAGGAGAUGGAGGGGAACCUCCACCAGCUCGGCAACCCCAUUGGGUACAGAGACCUGCAGUCCCACGGAAGGAUGCAUCAGAGCUUUGAUUUUGACGGGGGGAUAGCGGGCAGCAAGCUGCCAGGGCAGGAGGGUGUGAGGAUCCAGCCCAUGAGCGAACGCACGCGGAGAAGAGCUACUUCGCGCGACGACAACCGCCGCUUCCGACCUCACCGGUCCAGGCGUUCCCGACGUUCUCGCUCGGACAACGCCCUUCACCUGGCCAGCGAACGCGAGGCCAUGUCUCGGUUAAAAGAAAGGCCCCCACUAAGAGCCAGGGAGGACUAUGACCAAUUCAUGCGCCAGCGGAGCUUCCAGGAGAGCCUUGGCCAGGGGUCCCGGAGGGACCUGUACGGCCAGUGCCCGAGGACUGUGUCGGACUUGGCUUUGCAGAAUGCCUUUGGGGAGCGAUGGGGACCCUACUUCACCGAGUAUGAUUGGUGUUCCACCUGCUCCUCCUCCUCUGAGUCUGACAACGAGGGCUAUUUCCUAGGAGAACCAAUCCCUCAGCCUGCCCGCCUGCGAUAUGUCACUAGCGAUGAGCUGCUACACAAAUACAACUCUUACGGCCUCCCCAAGUCUUCCACGUUAGGUGGCAGGGGACAGUUGCACAGCAGGAAGAGACAAAAGAGCAAAAACUGUAUCAUUUCUUAAUCUGAUUGGGGUCGGGGGAUGGGGGAAGAUGGGAGCUAAGAAUGUAGAUUCAGAACACUUGCACUGUUUUAGAUGUUAAAGCGCUUUUGGGGGUGGUUACUGGAGAAGAGGGAAGUGCUCUCAGUCGAUGGAGGCAAGGUUACAGAUUGACUCAAUAGCUAGUCACAGUUCUUGGCAUGUUGAAUAUUAUUUGCACAUUUCACUUUGGAAACACGAUAGACUCUAGGGCAGCCUGGAUGGGUCACCUCCUUGCUGUCAGCCUGUGCUGAGUUACCACUCGCAAGAUGGCAAAUUGUUUCCCGCUUGCUUAUAUCCUCUCUGGUUCUCUUACUUUUAGGACCCUUUUUCCAGUAAGUAAUUUGUUUAUUAGCCAGGACCCAACACUAAGUUAUUUACAUGUCCAUUGUAAAUGCUAUGUAAAUGAGAGUUCUGAUAAAAUAUUUUUGUAUUUUGUAAUAUCAAAGGAAUUUCUAUAUCGUAGGACUCAGUGGAGACUUGCAUGCACAUCCAGCAUCGUCUUUGAGUAGUAUUCGAAGGUGGUCCAGGAUCACCUUUUUUUUUUUUCUUUUUUCUAUACAAAUUUGUUACAUGUCAGUGAGACCUUUUUCAAAGGAGUUUAUUCAAUUUGGCUUUUUGUGGCUGAAAAAAAAAUUAACUAUUAUACCCAAAGCAUUUUAUGCUCCAUUCCAUCUUCGGGAGCUGUCCUUAAGUCCACUCCUACCCUCAGUAGAAUCUAUUCUCUACAAAGUGAUAGUAACUUUUUUUUAAUUGCAAACGUAACUUUGCCAAUUAGAGAAACCAACCAGUGUCAGUAAAGUGCUGUGAGAAAUGCCAUCCCCGCUGGGAACAUUGAAGUUGCUUACUAUUGAUCUAUCCCUUGGGGAAAAUAAAAGUGACUGUGAGUGGUGCCGUUGUGUGAUGUCAGCAUGACGUUGUUUUGAAUGUGGCAUUCUUUUCUGGUGCUCAUGUUUCCUGGAUUGUAUUAUCUGCUUUCCUUUACCAAGGCAGACGGAACAGCUGCCUUAGCCUGACAACCGAUUGUCCUCGCUGCAAAUGAACUUAAGCAUAAGGAAUUUAGGGGCAGAAAGGUUCUGAGGGGCUCUGGUCGUGAUGGUGUGUUCUAGAUUGUAUGUCACAAAUGGAGAAGGAACAAGGUCAUUUGAAAACAAAGCAGGUCCGGGGUAGAAACUGAAGGAGAAUAUGAAGGAGAGUCAGAGCAAAGACGAACUUCUGGAAGUGAAGCAGAGGAGAGGUGAAAACCUCCUUGAAUUAGCCCCCAGUGCUUGGAGAAAGAAUCCAGUUUGACACACUCCGUAACCAGAGUAUCUGGGUUACCCAGAAAAGUUGGGCUGCUCAGGAGAUUUCAGUGUAAUGGUCUUGAAAAACAAAUGUUGUUGAAAGGAGGAUUUCCAUUUGGAACUUUGGGGACUGUUGGUCAGACAGAAAAUGGGCUCAAAAGUGAGUUUGCUUAAAGAAGACAUUUAACGGUUGUGUUGUUUAUAGUGAAAUAAAACUUCCUACCUUGCUUCAGUUAAAAA